UAUAAUGUUUCUUUAUUUUUGAGAGGGAGAGAGAGGGUGGCGGAGGGGCAGAGAGAGAGGGAGACACAGAAUCCAAAACUGCCUCGAGGCUCUGAGCUGUCAGCACCAAGCCCGAUGUGGGGCUUGAACUCAUGAACCGUGAGAUCAUGACCUGAGCCGAAGUUGGACACUUAACCGACUGAGCCACCCAGCCGCCCCAGAAAUGCUGCUUAUUAUUACUUCAAGUUUGGAACAAAAGUAAAGAAUAUGUGAUAUCAAAGCUAUAGGCAGUUCUUCCCCUAAUGUUGGCUUUGUACUUUUACUUGUAGGACUUCAGUUUGUUUUACAGUCAGAGCUUCAUAGACCCAGUUAUAUACCUUCCCAUGGCCACGUUGAAUGUGUACAUUUUGAAACAUCUUUAAAGCUAAAAUUCAGUUCAAAAAUACUGAUCUACCAAGAAGGGCUUAAAAGCAUUUGUCUCUAGGUUUUAUAACUGUGAAUAUUUAGUCUAGUGGAUUUAAAAGCUGAAGGGAAAAAAAACCAAAAACCCCACCCAAACCACUGAUUGUUUGUUUAACAGGUUGCAAACCAUGGCUGUGUGGAUACAAGCCCAGCAGCUCCAAGGCGAUGCCCUUCAUCAGAUGCAAGCAUUAUAUGGUCAGCAUUUCCCCAUUGAGGUGCGACAUUAUUUAUCCCAGUGGAUUGAAAGCCAAGCUUGGGACUCAAUAGAUCUUGAUAAUCCACAGGAGAACAUUAAGGCCACCCAGCUCCUGGAGGGCCUGGUGCAGGAGCUGCAGAAGAAGGCGGAGCACCAAGUGGGGGAAGAUGGGUUCUUACUGAAGAUCAAGCUGGGGCACUAUGCCACGCAGCUCCAGAACACAUAUGACCGCUGCCCCAUGGAGCUGGUCCGCUGCAUCCGGCAUAUUCUGUACAACGAGCAGAGGCUGGUCCGCGAAGCCAACAAUGGUACUUCUCCAGUUGGAAGUCUUGCUGACACCAUGUCCCAGAAACACCUCCAGAUCAACCAGACGUUUGAGGAGCUGCGACUGGUCACACAGGACACAGAGAAUGAGCUGAAGAAGCUGCAGCAGACUCAAGAGUACUUCAUCAUCCAGUAUCAGGAGAGCCUGAGGAUCCAGGCUCAGUUUGCCCAGCUGGCCCAGCUGAAUCCGCAGGAGCGCCUGAGCCGGGAGACGGCCCUCCAGCAGAAGCAGGUGUCCCUGGAGGCCUGGCUGCAGCGGGAGGCCCAGACGCUGCAGCAGUACCGUGUGGAGCUGGCCGAGAAGCACCAGAAGACCUUGCAGCUGCUGCGGAAGCAGCAGACCAUCAUUCUGGAUGAUGAACUGAUCCAGUGGAAGCGGCGGCAGCAGCUGGCGGGGAACGGAGGGCCCCCCGAGGGCAGCCUGGAUGUGCUGCAGUCCUGGUGCGAGAAGUUGGCCGAGAUCAUCUGGCAGAACCGGCAGCAGAUCCGCAGAGCUGAGCACCUCUGCCAGCAGCUGCCCAUCCCUGGCCCAGUGGAGGAGAUGCUAGCUGAGGUCAAUGCCACCAUCACAGACAUCAUCUCAGCCCUGGUGACCAGCACAUUCAUCAUCGAGAAGCAGCCCCCUCAGGUCCUGAAGACCCAGACCAAGUUUGCAGCGACGGUGCGCCUGCUGGUGGGCGGGAAGCUGAACGUGCACAUGAACCCCCCCCAGGUGAAGGCCACCAUCAUCAGUGAGCAGCAGGCCAAGUCACUGCUCAAGAAUGAGAACACCCGCAACGACUACAGUGGAGAGAUCCUGAACAACUGCUGUGUGAUGGAAUACCACCAAGCCACCGGCACCCUGAGCGCGCACUUCAGGAACAUGUCCCUGAAGCGAAUUAAGAGGUCUGACCGUCGUGGAGCAGAGUCAGUGACUGAAGAAAAAUUUACAAUCCUGUUCGAAUCACAGUUCAGUGUUGGUGGAAAUGAGCUGGUUUUUCAGGUCAAGACUCUCUCCCUCCCGGUGGUGGUGAUUGUCCAUGGCAGCCAGGACAACAAUGCGACGGCCACUGUUCUUUGGGACAAUGCUUUUGCAGAGCCUGGCAGGGUGCCAUUUGCCGUGCCCGACAAAGUGCUGUGGCCGCAGCUGUGUGAGGCACUCAACAUGAAAUUCAAGGCCGAAGUGCAGAGCAACCGGGGCCUGACCAAGGAGAACCUCGUGUUCCUGGCACAGAAACUGUUCAACAGCAGCAGCAGCCACCUUGAAGACUAUAAUGGCAUGUCCGUGUCCUGGUCCCAGUUCAACAGGGAGAAUUUGCCAGGACGAAAUUACACUUUCUGGCAGUGGUUUGAUGGUGUGAUGGAAGUGUUAAAAAAACAUCUCAAGCCUCAUUGGAAUGAUGGGGCCAUUUUGGGUUUCGUGAACAAGCAACAGGCCCAUGACCUACUCAUUAACAAGCCUGAUGGGACCUUCUUGCUGAGAUUCAGCGACUCUGAAAUCGGUGGCAUCACCAUCGCUUGGAAGUUUGAUUCUCAGGAAAGAAUGUUUUGGAAUCUGAUGCCUUUUACCACCAGAGACUUCUCCAUCCGGUCCCUGGCUGACCGCUUAGGGGACCUGAAUUACCUUAUCUACGUGUUUCCUGAUCGGCCAAAAGAUGAAGUGUACUCCAAAUACUACACACCAGUCCCAUGCGAGCCUGCCACUGCUAAAGCGGUGGACGGAUACGUGAAGCCACAGAUCAAACAAGUGGUCCCUGAGUUUGUGAAUGCGUCUGCAGACUCUGCCGGGGCCAGCGCCACCUACAUGGACCAGGCCCCCUCCCCAGCCGUGUGCCCCCAGGCUCAUUAUAACUUGUACCCACAGAACCCUGACCCCGUCCUUGACAAUGAUGGGGACUUUGAUCUGGAUGACACAAUGGAUGUGGCGCGGCGUGUGGAAGAGCUCUUGGGCCGACCUAUGGACAGUCAGUGGAUCCCUCACGCGCAGUCAUGACGCCCCCAUCUCCAUCUUUAGCUUCUUCGUCCUCGCCAGAGGAGUUACUCUUGUGGAUGUUUUAAUUCCAUGAAUCGCUUCUCUUUGGAAACAAUACUCAUAAUGUGAAGUGUUAAUACUAGUUGUGACUUUAGUGUUUCUGUGCAUGGUGGCACCAGUGAAGGGAACGUGUGUGAGUGUGUGAGUGUGAGGGUGUGUGGGUGUGUGUGUGGGUGAAUUUUCACAUUGGGCUGUUUCUCCCCCUUGCUGUCCAGAGUUUAGUUGCAGCACUGGGGCCGUAAACAGUGGCUGUGGUUGUUUUAACCUUGUGUAAAAGGCAGUAGUUCCAUGAACCCUGGAACUUGGCCAUGUGUCCAGAGGGUGGCUGAACUUUGACAUGUGGCUGUUCAAGUCAGAGAAGGACAAAGGGAGGAGAAAGCACCUCUCCUGUGAGAUUUGUCACUGUGUCUGCCAAGCAAUUGAUAUAUAACCGUGAUUGUCUCUGCUUUCCUCU